AUGGAUUGUCUCGUGCCUCAGCAGCAUCUGGAGGCCAUUGGCCUUGCUCCUCGAUCGGAGCGGGUGUACAGCCUGGCCGACGGCAGCGAGAUUCGGUUGGGAGUCGCGGUGGGCGAGAUCGAAUUGAUGGGGGACAUUGCCGGGGUAACUAUCGUCUGUGGCCCGCCGGACUCCGAACCGCUCCUGGGGGUAACGGCCCUUGAAUCAAUAGGAAUCGAGGUGGACCCGCGCAACCAGUACCUGCGUAAGCUGCCCAUCAACGCGGUUGCGGACGCUGGGCGAAACGGCAUACGACCCGCGGCAGUGACCAUGACCGGCGUUUAUGUGGCGAUCAUCGUCAACUCCGACAGAUUUCACUACAUUGAUUUGGGAGAGAGUCAAAUGGUCACCACCGCCAAGGAACAAUUCACCGGCCGAGCCGCGCCCGAACUGUUGGCGGCGAUGCGGGAAAUCGCCGCUGCGGAAGGACGCGAUUUCGAGACCGCCCUGGAAGACGCCAUGCGCCUGUAUGUCGAAUGCAAAACCGGCAAUGAGGUACAGCCUGACGCGAUCGCCCACUUCCGGUACAGCCUGGAGCGCAACCGCAAGCUGAUGGAACUGCUGGCGCAAUCGGAGCGAACGAAAUGA